AUAUUUAUAAUAAAUGGACACAACGAUAAAUAAUGAAAAUUUACCGAGGGGAUUUUUUAAUAACAUCAAACAAAAUUAUGGAGAAAAAGUUGUAAAACAUAUUAAGGGUUACCAACAGAAGUAGAAAGUAUCCUGAAAUUGGAACCUAAAUUUGGGGUAGAGACAAAAAAUAAUAUGAAGUAUCUACCUACGGUUAUCAAGGACGUUGAGUAUGGUAUUGCAUCGGUAAAGGUAGAAAAUUGUGAAACCACUGAAGAAAAUAUUAAAAAUAAUUUAAGAUCCAGAGUAGUUAAUGUCAUUUCAAAUUUUUAUAAAAAGAAUAAAUUGAAUGAAAAACAUCAGAUAAUUAGAAAAAAUUUAACGUAUACACGACGGUUCCUCAAAGAUAGACAAGAUUUGAUUGUUGCACGAUCAGAUAAAGGAAAAUGGAUAAAGACCCCACUAACAAGUUCGAGCGUAUAGGUAACAAUAUAGUCAAGAAGAUGAUGGGAUUAAAAUUAAUUGAUAAACCACGUGCUGAAAGGUUGACGUCGAGGUACACGGUUGCUCCGCGGAUCUACGGUUUGAGGAAAACACAUAAGAAUACAUGUAAAUUGAGACCAGUAGUUAGCUGCAUAAACUCACCCAGUUACAAGUUUAAUGAAGACAUACAGUUUACUUUAGAAAUAGAACAAAACAAUCGCAUCUCUUUCCUUGAUAUUUUGAUAGAAAGAAGAGAAGGGUGUUUAAUUACUGACUGGUUUAUCAAACCGAUAAGUUCUGGUAGACUGUUGAAUUUCGAAUCAAACCAUCCACGUGCACAAAAGAUAGGAAUGAUUACUGGGUUAUUGGAUAGAAUGAUUAAAUUAAGUAAUGAAGCACAUUGGGAAAAAAAUUAUAAAAUUAUUAGUAACUUGUUGUUAAAAAAUGGAUAUAAUAAGUCUUUCAUUAACGCGAUUGUAGGAAAAUUUAGACAGGAAGUAAGUAAUCGUUUGAAUAAUAACAUUAGAGUCGCAAACUCCUUCACAUAUUGUCGGUUUCCCUUUAUUAGAGGACUGUCAUAUGAAAUUAACAGAUGUUUUAUAGGCACAAAUGUAAGAUUAGCUUUCUAUAAUUUAUUGAAGAUAAAUAGUGUUUAUACUAAAUUAAAAGAUCCUUUAAAAAAAGAAGAACGUAGUGGGUUGGUAUAUAAAAUUACUUGUGAGUGUAACCGUUGUUAUAUAGGACAAACUAAACAAUUUCUUGUGUCGAGAGUCAAGCAACAUGUGAAUGAUUGUAAAAAUGUUAACGCCGCAAAAGAUAAUAAGACUGCUUUAGCAUCCCAUCAUUUUGACCAACAUCAUAAUUUUAAUUUUGAAAAUACAAGUAUAUUAGACAACGAAAGAAAUUGGUUUAAAAGAAAUAUUAGUGAAAUGUUUUUUAUCAAAGUAAAUAACACAGUGAAUAAAAGAACAGACACAAAUAAUUUGAGCAUUUUGUAUAACGAUAUUUUAAAAAAGUAUAAAUCUGAAAUAUAAUAUAAGUAAAUGUAUGGAAUUUUCCUGAAAAUAAGUAAU